AUGUCAAGCUUUACUUAUUGUUUAGAAAAAUCCAAUCAUCUCUACCUUGACAUUUCAAAAGAUCCCUACGCCAAAACUGAGUGGUUAUUACAUCAUUUCGGAAAGACCCAUGAAUUAUUUCACGGAAUUAGGUUGGGCCCAACUUUUAUAAAUGAGAACAUAUUUGGUUCAAAGAGUAUUAACGUAUUAUGGAAGACAAAUCCAGCAUUGACCGAACAGAAAAUCACGUUCAACGCCAUACAAUCAGGCUCAAAUAAAUUAAAGAUCCAUAUAUUACAAGAAGGAGCUGCUAUAUUUUCCGAAUUAUUACUUAUUAGCGUUAAGGGGAACGACACACUUGAAUCAAAAAGCGAGAUAAUAAAGCAACUACAUCGACCAAAAGAAAACCUCGAGCUUUUUUUCAGAUAUAUAAUAGUAGUCAUAGGCCAUAGUUUCAAACUUUUUACCAUCGAAGAACUCGGAUGUUAA